AUGAUUGGUGGCCCCACUGACGAACGAGUGGAGGGUCACAGUUCCCGGGACAGCAAUCGACAGCCCCUCACAGGGCACCGAAUCCCCGAUAGUCCCUCCUGUGGAGUGUCCCUGGAAUGCCCCGUACCCAAAGACACUACACCAAAGUACGUGAGAUUUUCCUUGCUCGGCUCCGGUACGAAGGGACACCAGUUUACCCUGCUCUAUCCGGCCGGUGAAAAGGUGAGAGAGUUUACGGUGUGCUAUGCCAUGUUGUUUAACCGUUACAACCAUCACGCCAUGUUGCUCCAGUCGAUCACGUUCAACCGACUGAUGGGGGCGGGCCACAUGUACAUCUACAAUCAGAGUGUGGGGCCGAUGGUGGACGCCAUGUUGAGACACUACACAGACCGGGGACUCCUCACCGUGCUCCCCAUGCCCAAACGUCCGGCCAACAAAGCCUGGUAUCAUGGACAAGAGAUCACCAUACAGGAUUGUAUCUAUCGCAACCGAAACACUUCCCAGUUUGUGGUGGUCGUAGACCCAGAUGAGUUCAUCGUUCCCCUUCAGCACAAGUCUUGGGGAGAAUUACUCAGCGACGUUCUCCACAGAGAAGCCAAGCAAAACCACGUACACAAUGUUGGGAGCUUUACUUUCAUCCACGCAUUCUUGUGUGACAGGUCACAGAAACACGACGACCCACACUGGACGCAGCUCAAGCAAAACGUUUCCAUCACAGAAGAGGAAGAAGACUUUAUCAGACGAAACAAGGUGAUUUUGUUUCUGGAAAAGCACAGACAAAAGUUCCAUUCAUACCCCAGGAGAAGUAAAACGAUUUACAGACCAGAGUUUGUCCGUGAGCCAGGAAUACACUACCCGCGAAGCUUCUGGUCAAAUCAAAGCCAAGCGGUGGUGGAUAACGGCUGA